AUGAACAUUGCGCUCCUCAGUAAAUGGAAAUGGCGGAUUUUAUCGGAGGAAGAGGUUGUUUGGCGUAGCAUUCUUGUUUCUCGGUACGGUGAAGUAAAAAAGAAGGUGCUCAUUGGCGAUAAAUCCGUCGUCCACAAAUCCGACUCUAUAUGGUGGAGAGACAUUAUUAUAGUUGACAAUUAUUCUUCUUUGUUUUACCACAACUUUGCAGGGGCCGUGGAAUGCAAUGUUGGCAACGGAACGGACACGCCAUUCUGGUAUUGCAAUUGGGCAGCUACGCUUCCUUUAAGACAUGCUUUCCCUGAGCUGUUUGCGUCUGCUGCUCAAGAAUUCAUUUUCGUUGCAGUGGCAGCAUCGGGACAGUAUCAAGGUUGGAAUGGUGAUGUCGUGCUUCGGGACAGCAGCGUCGUCUCUUCUAUCCAUUGGCAGGAGUUGUACGCAGUUACAUCGCACAUUUCUUUGCGGGAGCGUUCUAAAGACUCUUUCGUGUGGCUCAAAUCUUCGGACGGAGUCUUUUCUGUUAGGUCCUGUUACGAUUGGUUCUUCUCCAAGCUGUCGGGCCCGCCAAUUAAUUCAAAUGUCGCUAAAGCUUGUUCGUUCCUUUGGAAGGUUAAAGCUCCCUCUAAAUUCAUCAUUUUUGGAUGGAGGGUAAUUCAUAACAGAAUUGCCACAAAGGAUCUUUUACACAAAAGAGGCAUUUUGGAUGUGAACAACUUGCAGUGUGUCUUUUGCUCAUCGGAGGAAGAUAGUUUACCGCAUAUUCUUGGAGGUUGUCGGGUUCUCGCGGCCAUUUGGAACAAGGUUUUGGAUUGGAUUGGUUAUGGACCGGGGUUAUCGCUUGAAGAGUUUCAAGUCUUCCCUUUCUCUUUUGACAAGGUGCGUCUUUCGAGUCGUAGGAGUAUUGUAGCGAUUAUUUGGUUAGCUACGGUGUGGUGUGUUUGGGUUAGGCGUAAUGAUAUCAUAUUUAAUAAUGGCUCUUUUAGUUUCUCGGAAUGUAUGUCGGAGAUUAUUUUCACCUCUUGGAAGUGGUCUUCCACUAGUUACAAGCUUGUGAAUUUAUGUAAUUUUUUCCUGUGGAGUACUCAACCUCUUAUCUGUUUUGAGUAG